GUCGGAUUAGAGUAGUUCUCCCACUGUGCAGGAUCCCUCCACCUAAACUUGUCUAUACCGAUCGACCCAAGCGGGAUGCAAGCUUUCUGGGCGCACGUGAUGGCUUUACAUACUAAUGCGGACGCCCGCAUCCGCCAUGAUCAUUGUGUGAUACUCGCCGUUCCGACUGAACGACCGAAACCAAACUCUAUACGAACGUAACCUUGCCUUCUACAACACACCCCACCAGCCAACCCCGCACAAUGGAGACCAACGGCGACGGCGACGGGAUGACGCUUGAGGAGAUCGAGAGAGCGAUCAGUUGCACGCCAAGAAACUUCAGACCUCGUCGCCGGUUGCCGACUUCGGAUUCUUUCAUUCAGGAGAGGGAGGAGAAGGAGAAGGGCAAGGAGAAGGAGAAGGGCAAGGAGAAGGAGAAGGACGAGUCGUUGGUCGUACCAGGGAAGCGGCAAUCCACCCUCAUCCAUAAUACGACGCAGUAUGGAGAUGAACUGCUAGAGUUAGCUGGAUUGAGUGAGGGGCCUAAGGAAGAUGGAGAAAUACAGCUUUCAGAUGAUGAGGAACUCUUCAGCGAGAGUGAGAGGGAACCCGAGGAGCAAGCAGAAACGGGGCUUCCAUGGGAGCUCUUCGAAGACUACCAUGAGGACGAGGCGGAGGACGAGAGCGAAGUGGAUAUGUGUGCUUCGCCAGACAACCAGAAUGAGGAGGGAGAGGAGGAUGAGGAUGGAGAAACCCCUUUAGUUGGAAGUGAUUCCGACAGUGACUUGGAAGAAUACUUGCCGACGAGGCGAAAUCAGGCCCUCAAGAAACUCGCUGCAAUUCGAAAGGCUUCUCGCAAGAAGAAGACGGCACAGUAUAAGACGUCGAAGAGGACGAUUAGGCCAGCGAGGAAUGUCAGCAUUAGUUCUCUCCCGGAUGAUGAAGCCCGAAAGGCGAGACGUCCGAGAAAGAAAGGAGUCUUGUCUGUCUGGGGUGCACUGCCGCUAUCUUACAACCCGAUCUUUCGCAAGGAACCCACUUUCGAGGAGGAUCGGACCCCACCACCCCUUGAUCUACCAUACGAUCCCAUCGAUGCGAGCCAGCCGGACGCCAGGGCGGAAUUGUCGAGUGUCACCGAGACUCCAGCUCGUAAGCUCUAUCCUAUCAGUGAACUCGGUCAGAGGCUUUUUGCGGCGUUAGAGAAGACCCCACAGACCUCCAGUAGGAAGAUUCCGGCGUUACCGACACCCGAAAGCAACAGCAGCAGAGGCGCUAGAAGUUUGUUUGCUGGUCUAGAUGUUGACCUGGUGUCGGCUUGUCUUACAGACCCAACGAUGCUCCAACUGGGUCCAGGUUCGUCGGGAUCGGUUCCAAACCUUGACGAUCAAUCCGGCGCCGAAGAGUUACAUGAAGCCGAGCCACCGGACACAUCUGACAACCGGAGGGAGAUUGAGCUUCAAGGAAUAUAUCGCAGGAAGCCAUUGCAGGAUGCACCUCUGAAGAUGUUUAGUGACCGCAUUGCAUCAGACUCUCAUGCCGGCCACGCCACAUCACCGCGUGAUGAUUCCCACUUCCAAGGGAUUGCCAAACCUGCCGGAGGAGUUUUCUGGGACGACAACGAACCACUCACGUAUAGCUCCCCUAUAUACAGUAAUUUUCCCGUUGAAGGACGUCCUGGAAACAAAUCACAAGUAGAAUCAAGGAUUUCAACAUCGGCCUCUAAACAACAGAGAAGAAUUACGGAGAUUGAACAGUUUCCAGAUCAAUGGAGUGUUCGGAACGGUAAAGAAUCGAGACUAAAGCCGUCGGUAUAUGAUGAGCCACAGCCUCCCUCCAACCUUCCUGUGGCGCAGGAUGGCUGGAAAGCACUCCCCCAGAGACCAAUCAGUGCCCGGCAUCUUGAAUUCAGCUCCCAUGCUCCAGAGUUCUUCGCCAGUGGCGGAAAGCGUGUGCCUGAGAAGGCCGACUGGGAGCACCUAGAUCAAGACGGCAACACUCGCAAACGGAGGCUUCCACAAGGUCGGCAGCCAGAAUUAGCACCAUAUUCCCCGCGAAACUACCCUAGUUGUGAAAUGGACAGCUGGAGACCCCUCAAUCGAGAGCCUAGCACUCGCGGAUGGAACACUCAACAAACCAAAAUCACUGCCUACCGGCAACUGACUCAACGCUCACCUAUCCCGAAUUCUAGGCGAGGUCAGCGGGGCGGAGGCGGCUUUCGACAGUUUUCAUCGGAGCAUUUAAGCCCUUUGCCUCCACCUUCACAUCCCCCUACUCCUUCACCAGAGCCGGGGCCAGCGCUUCUAGAGGAAGGAGGAGAUACCCGCGUGUACACCGUGCAGCCUUCCCCAGACAGUGGGAGUUACUUCAUCAAUGCGUUAGCGAGACUCAGAAGGGAUCCCGAUCGCCCUGCAACUACGACCAGAGCAGCCCGGAGUCGGGCGUACACUGCGACUGCCAUAUACCGCUCCCCGCAGCCAAACGUACACCGUGACAUUACGGGCGCAAUGGGAAUGGCAAAGCUGGAUUUCUCGACAGCCCCGUCAAUGUACCGUGCGAGACGCUCGACGACGAUGAUGAAUACCCCGUUUAGACCCCCGUCGACGAGGGCCAUGACACAAGGAGGGGGAGGGGAAAGGGUCGUCACUCAAGUGACCAAGAAGCGGGGAAUGACGAUUACGAGGUAUUCUCAUGGUGGAAGUACGGCUGGAAGAAGCCGUACCCAAACCAGCGUGAUGGAGAUGGAGUAUGAGGGAGUAGAUAUGAGAGGCCAGGGAGGUGUUGCGAAGCGGGCGAGAACUGAUUAUGGCUAUGAGAUUGAAUACGGUGAUUUUUCGGGUGGAGUUGCAGCGACGAGUGGGUUUCAACAGGUAAGGGAGGCGUGGUGAUUGCAUGACAUGGCUGGAGCAGGCGUUCCGGACUUUAGUUGGGGGGUACACAAGUACUUUUGACCGAAUUACUUUUCAUAUUUGCGAGCCUGCUUAUUUGUCCCUGUACCUACAUAUUUUCACACGGGGUUUGACGGCGCCAUAGGGGUUUAAUAAAUAAUUGCAUUGAAAGCCG